AUAAGACAAGAAAAAACAGAAACUUCCCCAGUCACGGCCCGAGCCCUAGGCACAAAGGAGAAGCCAUGAAGACGAUACCGCUCGCCGUCGCGAGGACGCUGCUCCGCCGGCAGACGACCCGCCGGAGGACUCUACCCCGCCGCACCAGCAGCGUCGUCACGGACAAGUUCGCCAAGCUCAGCGAGGUUGAAAGAGCCGAAGCGUCCAAGUACCUUGAUCAAAGGGAUGCGGAGGCUGAGAGAAAGCUGGUUCAGCAAGUGGAUAUGUACCUCCAAGGCCGGCCAACCUUUUCGAAAGAUGAUGGGAUAUUCAACCGGGUGCUGACCUUCUUCGGAGUGCCCCCUGGUGAGCGCAGGGCAAAGCUGCUCUGGCGUGCCAACUUCGCCGGCCUGUUCCUCGUGUCCUGGGCAAUCGGUGACUGGCAAGCACGGACUUAUCUAUUAGAACAAGCAGCAGAAGAAGAAAGCACAGACAAUGCCGCCUAGUGCAGGUCUCUUGAGGAGCAGAAGAAGGAAAUCAUAUCACUAAUUGGAGUAGCUAAAGUUUUUGUGAUCAUGUGAAGUUGUAGGAUCAAGUGGACUUCUCCAAUGGCAUUGGAUGUAGCCUUUUUUGGCUCUCUUUUUACCCUUGAGGAUUAUGAACAGCAGGAGAUGAGAGUAACAAGAAACCAAAACCAUUUAUCCAGUGUUUGCAAGCAAUUCACGGUCACUCGUAAUGGAUUCGUGUUCUGUAUAACGUUAAUGAUCAUGGAUGCCUGUUGCCUGCAAGACACAUUGGUCCAUCUUGUAACGCCCAGAUUGUAGCAGAGCUAGCUGUCUGUGUAUGCCUUGAUAAAAUUAUGAAAAUUGUUUUUUUUUGCUGUUGCUGU